CCGAAAGUCUUUUCGUAUAUCUCAAGAACCCGGCUGUCGUGUAUCUUCGUCUUCUUCUUCUUGCUCUUCGUGCACAAUUGAAUGUUUUUUGGCUAUCGUAAAACCCUAAAAUACAGUGAGAGAAAAUCUCAAGGCGAACCAAUUCUUUUCUCAAUUUUAUUCAAUUAACAGCUCGAUUCGAUAAACAGUUGAUUCUUUCCUGCGCUUUCUUUGGGUUUGAGUUUUGUAACAUAUGCUGAUUUCGAAUACCAGCCAAAUCUGGAAACUUGUGUAGUGCUUGGAAAAAUCGCAUGGCGAGCUUUGAGGGGAGAGUUUCGUAUUCGUCCCUUCCUAAGAUAGACAAACGCCAAACCCAAUUCCACUAUGAUGAUGAAUUCAUCGGCUCCGAAUGGACCGAGCCAGAAGACGGUGCUAAAGUUAGUUACCCCCCAGUAGCCUCCAAGCCCUUGAAACAAGAUUAUGCAUUCCAGUUUCCCCUUGAAUCCGAAGAUUUUAUUGAUGGCAGCGGAUAUGAUUCUAGCGAGGAGCCUUGUGAUUCAGCUCAGACUAAUAUGAAUCCCGAGGUCAACUUGAAGAAUGUGCUGAGUGGGAUGGUUGCCAUUCUGACUGGUCGGAACAAAGCUCCGGGUCCUCCAUCAGACAAGCAGCUACCCAAUUCGAAUGUUUCAUUUCUGGGCUCAGAAAAGAAUGGUGAAACCUACUUGCACUCCUCGGUCUACACACCCAGUGCUCCACCCCUUCUUGAAACAACUGCGUUUGAUUAUAAUGCUUACAAAGAUGUUUUGGAGGCUGAGCCCCCUGAGUGGCUUCCUGAUAGUUCGACUACAGUUUGCAUGCAGUGCACUUUUCCUUUCACUGCUCUUACUCGUGGGAGACAUCAUUGUCGCUUCUGUGGUGGUGUUUUCUGCCGAACAUGUAGUAAAGGAAGGUGCUUGUUGCCUGUCAAGUUUAGGGAGAGGAAUCCACAAAGAGUCUGUGAUGCCUGCUAUGAUAGGCUAGACCCUUUGCAGGGUAUUCUUAUCAACAACAUUAGCAAUGCUUCACAAGCAGCAAAGCAUGAUGUCAUGGAUUGGACAUGUACAAGAGGAUGGUUAAAUCUACCUGUUGGUUUUUCCAUGGAACAUGAAAUAUACAAAGCAUCCAACACAUUGAGAAGUUAUUCCCAGGUUGCUAGGUUGAAUCCUGAGAGGUCCAUACCCUUAGCUGUUCUCAGAGGAGCCAAAGGCCUGGCAAUCUUAACAGUUGCUAAAGCUGGUGUGCUUCUUUCAUACAAACUUGGUACUGGUUUGGUAAUUGCUCGAAGGUCAGAUGGAUCAUGGUCUGCUCCAUCAUCCAUAUUUUCUGUUGGCUUAGGAUGGGGUGCACAGGUUGGGGGUGAGCUCAUGGACUUCAUAAUUGUACUUCAUGACUUAAAAGCUGUGAAAACGUUUUGUAGUCGCAUGCAUUUUUCUCUUGGUGCUGGCUGUAGCGUUGCUGCAGGACCUAUUGGUAGAGUGCUGGAAGCAGAUAUGCGUGCUGGAGACAGAGGUUCUGGAAUGUGCUAUACCUACAGUUGUAGUAAAGGUGCAUUUGUAGGAGUAUCACUGGAAGGGAACAUCGUGGCCACAAGGAUGGAUACCAAUCUACAAUUUUAUGGUGACCCUUACCUGACGACUUCGGAUAUACUACUCGGAACAGUGGACAGACCAAAGGCUGCUGAGCCCCUGUAUACCGCACUUGAAAACCUCUACUCCAGUCUACAGUGCUAGAUCUUGUUGGAUCUCUUAUGACAACUUGCUGAAGCUUUCUGUUCAGAAUUAUUUUCUUAAUUCCUCACCUUUGGUUUGUAAUUGUACAUUAAAAGGUUAAUAGGUGUUGGCUUAUAUUUUUAUCUGCAUAAAGGAGAACGAAGAUGGCCACACUUGGAACUGCACUUGUAUAUAAGAAACCAAUAUAAUUUUAAGACUUAUUUAUUGAUA